AUGCGAGGACCAAGCAAAUACGAGGGUUUUGGGCAGGGCCAUGGAUCGUCGAAUUUUAGUCUAGUUAUGCCAACCAACACCGCAAAGAUCUUCCUCUUCCUGAUGGCUGCCGGAUGCUGGAAACAAAACUCCGUGAAGAUUUUCCCCUUGGCUCAGAUCCUUGCCGUGAAGGAUGCUACUCCCGUGGAGAGGAGAACAAACGAGGGAUCUGACGCAAGCAACAACCCGAACCACGGUUCCUGGCUGGAUAAGCCUAAAAACGGAUACAUUCAUGCUGUCAAACGACUCUCCUUGACGACAAAGCCCUAUUUUGUCUUCUGGGUUGGCCGGCUUGACUAG